AUGUCCCUGCUCUGCUUACUCAGGCCCAAAGCCUCUGCAGAUCUGAUCCCGGUUUCUCUCAGAGGCCUGGGUGCUGGGGAGGGAUUGGGUAGUCCAGUGCCUCCAUGUGUGACCCUCAUGGACUCCAGCUGGGUCCAGAUCCUGGAUAGUGUCCUAGGGCUGAUGGCACUAGGGCUGAUGAUCCAGGCAGUCUUUUCCAUGGCUGGCCUAGCCCUACUGCUGCUGCUGCUACUGGUCAGCUUCCUCGCCUUCGACCUGCUCCACAGGCCCACAGGUCCCACCCUGCUGCAGCAUAAACUUGUCACAAGGUCCCGGAGUCAGGGGGCUGGCGAGGGUCUAAGACGGCGGGAGGCUGUAUUCCUACCGGCAGGGACAGUCACAGGACAACUUCGCCACCAGGAUGCACUGCUACUGCUGCUCAUGGCACUGGGGCUGCUACUGGGAGCCCGCGGUGUGCCCUUGGCCCUGCUCGGCCUGACUUUCUGCCUCCUUUUGGGUCUGAGUGCUCCACCUCAAAACUGA